AUACACGUCACAUUCAUGCUAACUCGACUGAUUAGGGAUCAUCAACUUGAGCCCCGGCGACCAUUUGGCGCCGACAAGGUGGUGAGACUUUUACCGAACCUCGGUGCAGGGAUUGGUCCUGUGGCGUCACUGAGGCAACCAACCAGCGACCUCCAAAACCUCAACCCACGACACACGACAACACCGCAACUUCACCAUUGCUCAUAUUCACGCUUCUCCACCGCUUGUUUGAAAGAACCAUCAUCUGAUAGAGCCUUUUUGCCUUGCAUGAUAAUAUUCUUCUGUCCCUCCGCUCGCUCUGUCCGAGUAAACAAAAGUUAGCAGGCAGUAAACACUCACAUUCCAGAUGCACAAGGGGGAAGGUGCUUCGGCACCUAGCUCGGUGUACAUGUCGCCGCAGCAGAUGACGAACUAUUUGCAAGAGCUUCGCACCAACCGUCCCGCACGCCCGACCGGAUCUCGUCCUCCUCCGGCACACUUCAACACAUGGUCUAGCAGGUCAUCCUCUAGAUUCGCCGAAUCGCCCGCCGUAUCGCCGUUCUCUCAUCCUACAUUCAAAGACGCCGGCGUAGACGUUGAUGCGCCGCCGCCCGUUGCUCCCGAGUCCAAGUCGCAUCGACGAACAACAUCCAACAUGAGCAUAGACGAGGUGCUGGCAAGUUCCGGCCGACCUCUUGUUCAGCCUCCGCGUGGUCGAGAUAUGACACCAUCGACGACCUCUCGAGAGCGCACGCCGAGCGUACAAUACAGGGAGAGUAGCCGGCGUCAAGCCGAGCGGGAUGAAGCGAGGGCUCUGAGAAUAGCUAUGGAGGAGCUUGAGUUCAAAGACGAGAAGGGUCUAUACGAGGCGGCAAGAGACGAAGCCGCCGAGUUGGUCUGGAAGCAUCGGAAUCCGGAUGCGCCGGGCACGAGCCCUAACGCAGCAUAUCCUUACCCUGGUCUGGACGGCAACGGGAGUAGUCAGAGGAGCCGUAGCUUGGGGCGGGCUGAGCAAGACCUGCAGCGGUCCAAUUCAAAACUGAGGAAGCGCAACUCUAUGGCCACUUCCGCUUCUGGCAGCAGGAGCAGCAGUUUGCAAAGCCGUCGGGCUCCAAGCGGAUCUUCCGUGACGGCGAACGCGGGCUUUAGUACAUCGCCAACGAAGGCGGGCUUUACUAGCGACAGCUCAGAAGAGCCAACGGCUCUGCCCAGGGCCUCUUCGGACCCGACCGACCCCAAGCACAGACGGCGUACCAGCAGCGGUUCGCGACGGAAAAUCAGUGCGAGCUUGUUCAAGAACCCAGAUGAUCAGAUAUACGAAGAACCUGAAGAAGAGACCCCUUCCGCUGCUCCUGCGCCGGCCGUUGCCAACCCACCACCAGCCGUAAAGCUGCCUUUAGGAGUGAGGCGCAAUCCCUUCGCUCGCGUUCAGUUCUCCAGGGACAACAACCUCGUGAGAUCAAACACAGAUCCUCUUGUGGGAACGAAGAGAUUCGACCGUUACGAGAUUCAAAACAACCCUCCGUCCCAGUCGCGGAAUGCUGCCUACACCCUCAACCCUCUUCUUUCCAAGCCCUCCGAAGAUGGCAAGUCGGAUGCGGAGAACGAUGCCGAGGUGAAGACGAAAGACGGCAAGGAGGUUCGAAGCGAUGAUAUUCGAGCUGCGACAGGGUUCAAAUUGAAAGACAGGAGCCCCAAGCUGCCUACUCCCACCAUGGUCUCGGAUAGCCCCGGCCGUCCUAUCGUCUCGUUCAAGAAGGACUGGAGGCUGAAAGAGGUUGAGCUUAUGGAAGAGAUCUCAGCCCUUCCGGGAACGAACCCCCGUCCUCUCAGUCAGACUGCCGCAGGGCCUCACCCUCUGUCUAAGGCUGCGACUGCUCCCGUGGUCCCCACCAUGAGCAUGCCAGCGGAGCCAUCGAAGGAGACUAAAGUUUCAUCUCCCUCUCUGCUUCCUCAAGUCAGCGUUACACCGACUCUACCUGCUCCGUCGAUGAAAGUCAACCGGGCGCAGAUGCCCACUAUCAGCGUGUAUGAGGACCCUCCAGCGAGGCCACUCCCUAGCGCUACUACGUCAAGGAAAGUCAACACUCCUCAAGCUGCGACGCCUCCUGUACCAACAAUAAAUGUCUCCCAGGCCCCUCCAGCGCGCUCUAAGCCAUCUGCAGCGCCUCCCAUUCCGACGAUCUCUGUCCAGGAAACACCGUCGAUCUCAGUCAGCGGCCCCAGUGGAGGUGCACACGUGAAAGCUCCUUCGAUAUCCGUGACGCCGUCUAUCCCGACCAUCUCUGUCAGCGAGUCUCCAGCACCGGCACGAGGUCCGAAGAUCAAUGUCCCUUCUAUCGCGGUCACUCCUUCAGUACCUUCGAUUAAUUUGGCGGGACCGGUGAGCUCUACGCGCCCAUUGCCCACUCCAAAGACUGGUUCCAAGUCGUUGCCUCACAAUGCCACAGCAACAGCCAACUCUCGCUCCCACUGGACUCCCACCAAUGUCCGCAACGGUGCCCUGUGCGCACAGUGCGCGCUCCCCAUCUCGGGCCGCAUCGUCUCAGCGGCAGGUGUCCGCUUUCAUCCUGAAUGCUUCCUUUGCCACCACUGCGGCGAGCACCUCGAAUGUGUAGCCUUCUAUCCUGAGCCUGACAACAAGCGCGCGGAACGCCUCUCCCGGAUCCAUGCCCGUCAACGCGGCGAAGACAUCGAGUUCCUUCCCUCACACCCCACUCUCGCCGAUAUGCAGCGCCUAGAGGCCGAAGACGGCGACGAAUCCAUGCGUUUCUACUGCCACCUCGACUUCCACGAGUUCUUCUCGCCGCGAUGCAAGUCGUGCAAGACGCCUAUUGAAGGUGAGGUUGUGGUGGCGUGCGGCGCGGAGUGGCAUGUUGGACACUUUUUCUGUGCACAGUGCGGCGAUCCCUUCGACUCGACAACACCGUUUGUUGAGAAGGAUGGGUAUGCGUGGUGUGUGGAUUGCCAUACGAAUCGGUAUAGCACCAAGUGUAAAAAGUGUAGGAAGCCGGUUACGGAUACGGUGGUCAAGGCGAUGGGGGCUGAGUGGCAUGCGGGGUGCUUUUGCUGUGUGGAAUGCUCAGGUCCGUUCGAAGACGGUCGGUACUUCCUCCGCGGUGACUCGCAAGAUCCGGUCUGUGUCAAGUGCGAGGAGAGGCGGUUGAAAGCUUAGCUCUUCACGUUGGCGUUAGUGUUUGCUCAGGCUGGCCCUGGUGCUGCUUAGGGGUUGAAGUUGG